AUAUUUGUGUUUUUGAAACGUGUAUUAUAUACCUAGUAAUAUUUGUAAAUUAACGUAUCUGCGCAAAAUAUAUGUUUUUCCUGCAAGUCCUCUGCACGUCUCAGCUGGGCUCUGCCGGGUCCCAAAGAGGAGGGUCUAAGAAGCAGUUGGCCAAUCACUUAUCAAGUUUAUGAUUUAAUAUUUACAUUCACAUUUAACGUUUACAUUUAGAUGAAAUAUUUAUAUUAUUUAACAACUUUAUGUUACCGACAAAAAUUAUCCUUAGAAAAGUUAUUUCUCUCUAAAUGUUUCACAUGACAUAUUGUGGGGCUUUUGUUCAUAUGAUAAUGCUAAAUGUACCAAAACUUCGCAGGAUUUUAGAACGUGCAACAUUUUCAUCUGUACAUCUGUAACUCACGUGACUCUCAAUCCAAAAAUGCUGCACAUGCCGAAAGUACAACUUAACUCGAUACAAAAAACAUCAAAUAAAGUGGCUUCUAGCGUUGCACAUUGAUUCUUGCAACUUUCAGAAGGAGUGAAGCGCACGCACGCACGCACACGAUGCUAUCCGGGGUGGCGCAUGCAUGCAGCAUGCACUUGUCAUGCCCCCAUGUGAGCAGAGGGAAGAGGGAGGACUGGUCUGCGCUGUCUGCUAUAUAUAACGCAAACUAGAGCCCGGUGUGAAGCCUCGGCGAGUACGCGCGGUAGUGCGUGUGCUCCGAAAUACUCCCACGACCUCUCUCGGACAGGACUUCAGUGAGCAGAUGACCCUGUGACCUCUACAUCCAAAAGACUGCUGAUUCUGAACCCCCUCCGGCCCCCCAGCAGGCCAUGGAGGGACUCUACUUUGAAGUGAAGCCCCGGAGAGAUGAACCCUGCGGGCCGGGGAGCUCCGAGAAGCCCCACCCUAAAAUAACUACCAACAACCGCAGCGCGUGUCCAGCGCGCCCACAUCGGGCCCUUUCCGCACCGUGUCCCCAGAAGCCGUGUUCUCCGAAGAGGAGACUUUCCUCGUGCGGGGGUAAGGUGGAGGAAGAGGCGGAGGAGGAAGUAGAUUACAGACUGACGUUGAUUGGCUCCCUCCCCGUCCACCACCUGACCACCAUGGCCAUGCUGCCCUGGGUGGUGGCCGAGAUCAGCCGGUGUGCACAGAGGAGCGCGGGGCCCGUGCCACACUCCGGGGGCCCGUCGGGCCCCUCGUCCCUCAACCAGUCCGUGUUUCUGUGCGUGUCAGCGUCGCGUGUGCGGUGCGUGUGCGUCCUGGCCGAGGGGGGCGGCUGGGACCCGCUGACGCGCACCGUGCUGUUCGAGUGCCGGCCUCACCAAGUGACGAAGCUGAUUCACAACAGCCAGGAGCCCGGAGGCUUCGGCUGCCUGGUCAGAGAGGGCGCCAGCUGCACCUGCUACGUCUUCCGUGGCCAGGACAGCACCAAGGUUCCUGAGAUCAUCAGUACGUUGAGGCAGGCCGGCAAGAGCUCGGCACGCAGCGAUGUCAUCGCCCCCGUUUCCGUCAAAACGACUUCUGGGGGCCACGACCCCCCUGAGGCCUGUCACUCGUCCGUCUCUGCAAAGGCGACCUCCACGGCAGCCUCCGCCGUCAUCUCGCCGACCGCCUUCGCCAAGAAGUUCGAGGUGUUGUUUUGCGGCCGCGCGAGCGUCGCCCACAAGAAGGCCCCGCCCGCCCUGAUCGACGAGUGCAUCGAGAAAUUUGGCCAGCUGCACGGCUCGGGGGCAAGCGAGGAGGGAGCCACCGCACGCGGGUCAGCAGGCGCGCCUCAGAGGGCGUCUUUUCAACCCAACGGACUCGGGGGUGCUGACGUCCGUAACGGGGCCGCGGGGAGCCCGACCGCCGGGAAGCGCCCCGCCCUGUUCAAAGGGGAUCCCAGCUUCCCCUGUCUGCAGGCCCUGGAUGAGAAUGGACUCUCGCCCGAGAUCUCCCACACCAACACUACUGAGGCCCACUCGGCUGGAGUGCAGCCCACCAGCCUGCAGGAGAACCGGACCAUGCUGUUUAUGGUGGGCAGGUCUCAGAUCUUCUUGGUCAGUCCAGACACUAAGAAAGUUGCCAUAGAGAAGAGUUUCAGAGAGAUCUCCUUCUGCUCCCAGGGUAUCCGUCACGUGGAUCACUUCGGCUUCAUCUGCAGGGAGACGGUGGAGGGGGGAAGCUGCCACUUUGUGUGCUACGUCUUCCAGUGCACCGACGAAUCGCUGGUGGAUGAGAUCAUGCUGACUUUGAAGCAGGCGUUCUCAGUGGCUGCCGUGCAGCAGAAUAUGAAGAACCAGAGGCAGCAGUGUGACAGCUGCCCCAUGCAGCAGCUCCACAGACUGUGUGAGAGGAUAGAAGGUCUGCACGCCUCUAAAACCAAGCUGGAGCUUCAGAGACACCUGGCCACCCUGGACAACGAGGAGCAGGCGUCUGUUUUUGAAAACACUAUGAGGGCUUGUCCUAAGAGCGACCAGGAAGAGAACGAGCUGGUGAUGGCCUAUUUGAGGGUUCUGUAUGAGGAGAAGCAGAGGAGCCAUCAGCACGCUCUGCCUGGUGACAUCAAGCAGGUGUGUGAGGAGGCGGCUCCGGCCCCGGUGGAUUCCCAGCAGAGUAGCAGUCGGCAGCGACUGGAGCAGUUCAAGAGCAGAGCCAAGCGCUCGCUCACAGAGUCCUUGGAGGGGAUCUGGAAGGGAAGCAGCAAGGCCCGAGCUCAGAGGGACAACAGUGUAGGAGGAGACGGCGCCUCUUCCGUUUGUGCACUCGACAGCAACCAGGACCAGUCUUGUCUGGACGACCCUUUGCCCGCCCCCUCCCAGCUAAGACCCACCAGCCCACUCAGGUACCACAACUCAACAGGCAACCUGAAGCGCCUCGACUCCUCUCUCCCCCCGUCCCCUUCCGCUUCCUCUCAACCCGGUGACGCUCACCCUCCAGGCUUCCGCCGACGCGCCAGCACCUUCAGCCACCCUCCCACCCCCUCCUCUGCCGACAACUCGCCGCUGCACGCGCUGACUCGCACGCCGCAGGACCACGCGUCGGCCAGCAAGCCCAAGCUCGUACGGCACUACUCCGUCAGCACCGACACGCCGCACCAGAGCAAACAUCUCCCAACCGACUCCGCCCUUCCUCCUGUUCCUCCCUGCCCUUCAUCUCCCUCUCCUCUCCCUCCUCUUCAUCCUUCCUCACCGUCUAGUGGAGCGCGGCUCAAUAAAAGAGGUCCUCUGGUUGGUCUGCGUGCUCGCCUCCGCUCCUCCUCCUCUGUCCCUAAUUUUCUGAAAUUUCCAUUUCUGGCACCUGUCCAAGAGAAUGAGUGUUCUGAUGUACCAAAGAGCAGUGAUGUAGUGGCUCUGUCGUCACUGAGUGCAGCGUGCGGCGUAGCGGAAAGCCCUCUCCGUAGCUACCGCCACUCGUGGAGGCAGCAGAUCUUCCUUCGGGUCGCCACUCCGCAGAAGACCACAGACCCCAGUGAGAGGGGCGACCCCUGCCUGGAAGGGGGGCGGCUGUGCGCUGGCCAGGGGGGAGUCGGAGGGAGCGGGGAGCAGUCAAUAAGGCUGGUGACCGAGGAAACGAGGAGGAGGAGGAGGAGCAAGGAGGAGCUGAGGGAGCUCUGGAGGAAGGCCAUCCUGCAGCAGAUCCUCCUGCAGAGGAUGGAGAUGGAGAACCAGAAGCUACAGGCCUCAGAAAGCAAUCUGCAGAACAAGCGGCUAAAGCUGGACUACGACGAAAUCACCCCGUGUCUGAAGGACGUCACUCUGGUCUGGGAGAAGAUGCUGGGAACUCCUGCGAGGGCAAAGGUCAAGUUUGACACGGAGGCCAUCCACGGUGCCGUUGCACAAGGCGUCCCGAGGCAGCACCGGGGAGAGAUCUGGAAGCUUCUGUCCGAACAGUACCUGCUCAGGCAGACUGUCCCGUCCCGGCCGCCCGCCAAUCCCACUCCGUACAAAGAGCUGCUGAAGCAGCUGACCACGCAGCAGCACGCCAUCCUCAUAGAUCUGGGUCGCACUUUUCCCACUCAUCCGUACUUCCAGGGCCAGCUGGGGGCUGGUCAGCUGUCUCUGUACAAUCUACUUAAGGCCUACUCCCUGCUGGACCCCGAGGUGGGCUACUGCCAGGGCCUGUCCUUCAUUGCGGGAGUGCUGCUGUUACACAUGGGGGAGGAGGACGCCUUCUACAUGCUCAAAUUUCUCAUGUAUGACGUGGGGCUCCGCAAACAGUACAGGCCUGACAUGAUUAUCCUGCAGAUCCAAAUGUACCAGCUCUCGCGGCUGCUCCACGACUACCACCGGGACCUCUACGUCCACCUGGAGCAGCAGGAGAUCGGGCCCAGCCUGUACGCCACCCCCUGGUUCCUCACUGCCUUCGCCUCACACUUCCCCCUCGGCUUUGUGGCCAGAGUCUUCGAUAUGUUGUUCCUGCAGGGGUCAGAGGUCAUCUUCAAGGUGGCCAUGAGCCUCCUGGGGAGCCACAAGCCUCUAAUCCUGCAGCACGAGAGCCUGGAGUCCAUCGUGGACUUCAUCAAGACCACGCUGCCCAAUCUGGGCCUGGUCCAGAUGGAGAAAACCAUCAACCAGGUGUGUCAGAUGGACGUAUCCAAGCAGCUGCAGGCCUACGAGGUGGAGUACCACGUCCUGCAGGACGAGUUGGUGGACAUGCCCCCGUCCCUCACCCAACAGCAGCGAGCCGCACAGCUGGAGAGGACCAAUCAGAGCCUCCGGCAGCAGAACCUGGACUUGCUGGAGGAGCUGCAGGUGUCGCACGCGCGUGUCUGCAGCCUGGAGGGCCAAGUGGAGACCCUGGCCCAGUCCGAGGGGCGGCUGAGGGAGCAGGUCACCGCGCUGGAGGGGGAGAAGGAGCAGUUGGCGAGCGCCGUCGGACGCCUUCGGGAACUACUCGCUGGCCUUGGCAUACAUGCCACCCCCGAAGGACGCACGCCUCCCCCCAACCCCCGCACGACAAGCAACAACGGGGGGCUGUGAGGGGGCGGGCGGGCGGGCAUCAGUACAGCGGACUCCCUUCACCACCCUUCAGUUCUUUCCCAUGCAGAGGAGGAGAAGGUCAUGAGACACGUUAAGAUGACUCUCGACCUCGACCUUCGUCCUCCCCCAGGCGCCAGAAUAAAAAAAAAACUAAAAAAGAAAGAAUUCUAAGAAAGGAUGAAGGACGGUAUCCUUGAGUGUUUGAUCCCAAGGCGACAACUUGCUGCUCUCAGCAACUCCAAAUGAACAUGUGAUCGGAACAACACCCCAAAGGUAGCGCUGUCCCACUGGGCCUCUACUGUAGGAACAACGUGUUCCCUUUGCCCCAUGUAUGUAUGUCCCUCUGUCUCAUGUGUUUUAUGCUCCUGUGUUGAAUGCAAUAAGGCUGUCGCAGCCCGAGAAUGUCCUUAUUGUUAUAAAACAAGCUUGAACAAAGAUUCAGAGCCUGAAACGAGACGUUUCUGACCACAACUUCACCAAAAUGAUACUAAGAUGUUUCCAAAGAAAAGGUGAGCUGAGAGAGACGGGUGAAGAAAUGAACUUCAUGACAGUGUUUAUUUUUCUAUUCCGUUAUAUAAGUCCAAUAGACAUAAGCUAAAUGAUAUCAAAUCUUAGAAGGUGGUGCUCAUUUUCAGAGGUCAAACGUGAAACUUGUAUAUCUCUUUCUUGUCUUACUCGGCUUGGGUAUCCGGAUGCGGUGCGUUUUCAACCGAUUCCGCCAUUUCACCCCCCUUUUUUGUCCUUUUUAAACACGAGUGGGGCCCGUCCACGUCCAAAGGGAAAGGGACGCCGACUUUCCACGUGCGUCUUCAGACGUGGACAGCUCGGUAGAGAGGACGGCUCAUGAGUCGUUUACUGUAUUCAACACACUGGAGGUGCAGCCCGCCGACUUCCUGUUGAUUCACACUGUAAAGAUGUUACGCUUUUACUCCCGACUCUCUUGCACGUGCGUUUUUGGUUUUAAUUGAUUGACACUAUUUUCAUCCUGUACUUAAAAAAA